AUGUCUCUUUACGAUACACUUGGUGUAUCUCAAGAUGCAACUCAAGUUGAGAUUAAAAAGGCCUACAGGAAGUUAGCGCUACAACAUCAUCCUGAUAAAGUUACAGAUGACUCAGUAAGAGAGGAAAGUGAAGUUCGUUUCAAAGAGAUCACAGCAGCAUAUGAGGUUUUGAGUGAUGAGGAGAAAAGAUCUAAAUAUGACACCUAUGGUGAUACUGCUGAUGGGCCCGAUUUUGAAGAUGAAUCAUUUAUGAAUUUCUUUACACAGUUUAACAGCGGAUUUGGAUUCAACGGCGGUGGUGGCGGUGGUUUCCCAGGUGCCCAGCCUGGAGAUGAUAGAUCUGAUGAUGUACAAGUACCUUUGAAAGUAAGCAUGGCAGAUUGUUAUAACGGUAAAGUGUUUAAAUUUCAAUCCAAACGUAAGAUUGUGUGUGAAAAAUGUGAAGGGUCUGGUUGGAGACGUCGUAGCGGUGGACCGCCACCUCAGACCAAUUGUAAAAGCUGUCAGGGCCGUGGCUAUAAGGAACAGUUAAGGAGAGUCGCUCCCGGUAUGGUUGCUCAACAAACUGUAUCUUGUGGUAUGUGUCACGGGAAGGGUAAAUACGUUAGUAAACCAACGUCUGAAAAGAACCAAUGUAAAAAAUGCAGAGGCCAGGGUAUGAUAGAAGAAGCUAAGCCACUUACUGUGUCAAUUCCUCGUGGUAGUCGUCAUGGUGAUCGUAUCGUUUUUGAAGGUGAAGCUGAUCAAGAAGUGGGUAAAUCAAAGACCGGUGAUUUGAUAUUUAUUGUCGAUGAGGGCACAGAACCACCAGAAGGUGUUAGACUUGAGAGACGUGGCUAUGAUUUAAUAACAAACAUAAGCAUUUCUUUGGCAGAAGCCAUUACAGGUCUAGACAGAACUUUAACCAAAACUCUAGAUGGACGUGUAUUAAAAUUGUCGACUCCGGCAGGUAAAGUGAUAAGUCCUGGUAAAAUUAUUAAGGUGGAACAAGAAGGUUGGCCUCUCAAUAGUCACGCAACGAAAUUCGGUGAUCUGUACGUGUUAGUGGAUAUUGUUUUCCCCAGAGACAAUUGGUUCGCUGAAAAGAGUGAUUUGCUAAAGAUUAGAAACAUUCUGCCAAGUGAAGCUGCGAAUAAUGAUGUUAAGGCGGAUCCUGGGAAUACAGAACAAGUAUCAGACAUGAAGCUAGUAGAUCAAUUACCCGACUAUAUGGGGUCUAAUGGUGAUCAAUAUGCACACGAAGGUCAUGCAAGUGGAGCUUUCCCUGAUGAUGGAACUCCUCAGUGUGCUCAACAGUAG